AUGCCUCAGGCCAAAGUCGACAACGGAGUACCAGCUCCAUUAAUUAUCAAUGGCAGAUGGCAGUAUGCAGGCAGCUGCGUGCCCCUGCGAGUUCAAGGCGGCGGUGUCGUGGUGCCCGUUUCGUGGCGAUAUGUACUUGGAAAUGUUCGAGGUAAGAGGGCUCAUUGUCUAGGCGUGCCGACAACCGGAGCCACGUUUGAAAGGCAGGCUGCAUCCGAGAACAACGCAUCAAACCUGGGCCGCACGAUGAUCAAACCCCCUCCCCUUGGCCAGUGCCAGAGCAAUUUCAAGCGUACUGAUACAUAG